CAGAUCAGUACACAAAGACGGCUGCUGCCAGCUGCCAGCGAGGAAGGCCGCUCUGCACGCACCUGUCAUGAUGACUUUGUCAAUGACCCUUGUUUUCCUGGUGGCCCUGAGCAAAGGUGAGAGUGAGCAGGACAUCAAGAUCUCAUCCCUAGGGAAGGCCGCAGCACGGAGGGAUCCUGACCUGUCUCUGCUGGGGUCGUGCCAGCCAGCACCCUCCUGUCGGCAGUGCAUCCUCUCACACCCAAGCUGUGCAUGGUGCAAGCAACUGAACUUCACCACUGUGGGGGAGGCGGCAGAAAGGCGCUGUGCUCUGCGGGAGGAGUUGCUGGCUCGGGGUUGCCCCCCGGAGGAGCUGGAGGAGCCCCACGGGAAGCCGGAGGUGCUGCAGAACAAGCCGCUCAGCCAGGGCACCCAUGGCGAGGGGGCUACGCAGCUGGCACCGCAGCGGAUCCGGGUUACACUGCGGCCGGGGGAGCCCCAGCAGUUUGGGGUCCACUUCCUCCGUGCUAAGGGAUACCCCGUGGACCUGUACUACCUCAUGGACCUGAGCUACUCCAUGAAGGACGACCUGGAGCAGGUGCGCAGCCUGGGGCAGGCCCUGCUGACAAGGCUGAAGAACGUCACUGGGUCUGUGCGCAUAGGCUUUGGCUCCUUUGUGGACAAAACGGUGCUCCCCUUUGUGAGCACAGUGCCCUCCAAGCUGCGCCACCCCUGCCCUAGCCGGCUGGAGCGCUGCCAGCCACCUUUCAGUUUUCACCAUGUGCUGCCCCUCACGGAGGAUGCCAAGGCCUUCGAGCGAGAGGUGGGGCGCCAGAAUGUAUCUGGCAACCUAGACUCGCCCGAAGGUGGCUUCGACGCCAUUCUGCAGGCUGCUCUCUGCCAGGAGCAGAUUGGCUGGAAAAAUGUGUCCCGGCUGCUGGUGUUCACUUCAGACGACACGUUCCACACAGCAGGCGAUGGGAAGCUGGGCGGCAUUUUCAUGCCCAGUGAUGGGCGCUGCCACUUGGAUGGCAAUGGCCUCUACAGUCGAAGCCCAGAUUUUGACUAUCCCUCAGUGGGUCAGGUAGCCCAGGCCCUCUCUGCAGCGAACAUCCAGCCCAUCUUUGCAGUCACCAGCACCAUACUUCCCCUCUACCAGGAGCUGAGUAAGCUAAUACCGAAGUCUGUGGUGGGGGAACUGAGUAAGGACUCCAGCAAUGUGCUACAGCUCAUCAUGGACGCAUAUAACAGCCUGUCAUCCACUGUGACCCUCGAACAUUCUUCACUCCCUGCUGGGGUCUAUAUCUCCUAUGACUCUCAGUGUGGGGGUCCAGAGAAGAGGGUGGGUGAGGCCGGGGAUCGGCGCCAGUGCAAUGAUGUCAGGAUCAACCAGAUGGUGAAUUUCUCGGUUACUCUCCAAGCUACCCAAUGCCUUCCGGAGCCCCAUCUUCUGAGGUUCAAAGUCCUUGGCUUCACAGAGGAGCUGACUGUGGAGUUACACACCGUGUGUGACUGUAACUGCGGUGACUCCAAGCAACAUGCGCCCCACUGCAGUGGUGGCCAGGGACACCUACAGUGUGGGGUAUGCAGCUGUGUCCCUGGCCGCCUGGGUCAGCUCUGUGAGUGCCCUGAGGCUGAGCUUUCUUCCCCGGAUCUUGAAUCUGGGUGCCGAGGCCCCAACGGGACAGGACCUCUGUGCAGUGGGAAGGGACGGUGCCAGUGUGGACGUUGCAGCUGUAGUGGCCAGAGCUCCGGGCGCCUGUGCGAGUGUGAUGAUGCCAGUUGUGAGCGACACAAGGGCAUCCUCUGUGGAGGUUUUGGCCGCUGCCAAUGUGGAGUGUGUCACUGUCAUGCCAACCACACGGGCAGAGCGUGUGAAUGCAGCGGGGACACGGACAACUGUGCCAGUCCUGACGGAGGGCUGUGCAGUGGGCAUGGACACUGCAAAUGCAAUCGCUGCCACUGCUUGGAUGGCUACUAUGGUGCCCUGUGUGACCAGUGCUCAGGCUGCAAGACAUCAUGCGAGAGGCACAGGGACUGUGCAGAGUGUGGGGCCUUUGGGACGGGUCCUCUGGCUGCCAACUGCAAGGUGGCUUGUGUUAAUGUCACUGUGAUACUGGAUUCGGGCCCUGUCCUGGAUGACAACUGGUGCAAAGAGAGGACCCUGGACAACCAGCUGUUCUUCUUCCUGGUGAACACAGCUGGAGACAGGACUGUGCUGCAAGUGAGACCCCAAGAGAAGAAAGACCACACCAUGGACAUUGUGCUGGGCUGUGUAGGCGGCAUUGUGGUCGUGGGAGUGGUCCUGGUCCUGGCCUAUCGGCUCUCAGUGGAAAUCUAUGACCGCCGAGAAUAUAAGCGCUUUGAGAAGGAGCGGCUGCAGCUGAACUGGAACCAGGACAACAAUCCUCUCUACAGAAGCGCCAUCACCACCACCGUCAAUCCCCGCUUUCAAGCAGAAAGUUCACUUUCCUGAAGGCGGGAGGGACACUCCUCAGGGCUCUUCUCUCUUGGAGACUGGUGGGUCUGUCACUCGCCUGCUGCUGCGUGAAACCGGCAUUCCAAACGACACCCAAGCCUCACAGGGGAAUGCUUCUAGCCUCACAGAGCGGGGCUCACCCCUCAGAGUACAUAAUAAAGUCUUCAGAGCAGAGCUAUCAUUUCAUUUCCCCCACCACAGC